AUGGACAGAGAAAUAAUUGACAAAGAGCCGGAGGAGAAGAGCAUGGGACAUGGAGGGAGAAGAUGACAAGGCCGCCGUGUGAUCACGACACGUUACUGAACUUUGCCUUCCACGUCCAUCAUCCAUGUAUUGGCGUUCACUCUGCGCCUCCACUCUUUUACUCCUCCCCGUCGUGCUUGCCGUCGACGAUAUACAGGCCCAGCUCGUCGAUCUCGCUGCCGCUGGCAACGGCCUCAUUCGUCUCAAUGCCCAGACGUAUGAACUAUUGACCACCUCCGACCGCAACUGGUCUGCUGCCAUCCAGUUCACAGCACUCGACAAGCGGCGUAGAUGUGAACCAUGCAGGGAAUUCGACCCAUCAUGGACUGCAGUUGCCAAAGCUUGGGCAGCCGUCCCUAAGGAACAUCGCGACACCCAUUUCUUUGGGACCUUGGACUUCGACGAUGGUCAAACGGUCUUUUCGCAGCUUGGGAUGACCUCGGCCCCAGUCGUCUAUAUGUAUCCUCCAACCCAAGGUCUUCGACAGCCUGCCAGUGGGAAAUAUAAUCCUAUCAAAUAUGACUUCUCCAAUGGUUUCGAGGCAGGACCACUAGCGGAACAGCUUUCCAAUCAUACCCCCGUCCCCAUCCCAUACAAGGCACCCAUUGACUGGGCUCGUUGGGGCACCUACAUUGCUGGUUUCUUGAGUUCACUCUCAAUCUUUCGCUAUAUCGCUCCGGUUCUUAAAAGCCGAUGGCUGUGGGCUGUCAUCUCGAUCCUGAGUUCACUUAUUUUCACUUCUGGGUACAUGUUUACGCGUAUCAGAAACGUGCCAUACUCUGGUGCAAACGGUAAUUGGAUUGCUGGCGGGUAUCAGAACCAGUUUGGACAAGAAGUCCAAGUCAUUGCUUUAGUUUAUGGUCUCCUCGCAUUUUCCUUUCUGAUGCUUACCAUUAUCGUACCUUAUCAGACUUCUGCUGCUCGGCAAAGGCUGCAGGUCUAUCUCUGGGUUGGAAUCAUUGUGAUUAUCUAUUCUGUCCUAGUCAGCAUUUUCAGAGUCAAGAACAGAGGCUAUCCAUUCCGUUUGUUCCUGUAGAUACGAUCCUUGCCUUGCUAAAAGCAGGCUCAAAAUAUAGUAGAUAUGGAAGUAAAUGCUAUUGAUUUGCUAUCA